AUGCCUGCCAUACCAUAUACGGCCGUUGCGAAGUAUUCCUACACGCCGGAGGCUGAGAAUGCGUCUGAUGACUUGGCGUUUGCAGAAGGUGAAUCGAUUACAGUAACAGAGGAGGUUGAUUCUGAUUGGCUGUUUGGAUCUUACAAGGAUAAGAAGGGGGAGAUUUUAUCGGGGUAUUUUCCGAGGAGUUUUGUUGUAGAUAAGGCGGAGGUGUCAGUGAGCAAGGGAGGGCGUUUUGCUUCACGGGAGACCACUGGGGGGAGCAAGGGGAGCAAGGGCAGCAAGGGAAGCCCUUUGGCUUCACGGGAGACCACUGGAGAGACCUCAAAGACCCCUAGAGAGAUACCCGUGGCUUCAGAGACUUCAGAAAUCCCCGUGGCUUCACCAAAAAUGUCCUCACCAGGGAUGUCCUCGCCAACUUCCUCGGCAUUCAGAAAUAGAAUCAAAACGUUCAAUUUCGAUUCUGCACCACCUCCUGUUCCAAGAGAUAUCCCUGAACAGUCAUUUGUGAAACGUCAAUUCACCGCAGAGCAUUCUUCGUAUGUUCCUGAGCCAAUCGGAGAGGAUAGGGUUGUCAGAAAGGAGCAAAAGAAGCCUUCUGGAAGCAUUAUUAACGAGUCUACUCGAGAGGAGGGAGAAGGAGCACCGAAAAUAACGUUAAAGGAGAGAAUGAGACUACUUGAACAGAGGCACAAUGAAGAGCAGGAAGCUCUGGAGGCUGCUGUGAAGAGAAGAGAGGAGAAGAAGGGAAGAGAGACAGAGGAAGUGGAGAAUGGAGAUGCAGAUGACGAGGAGGCAGAUGAGACACACGAAGAUGAGGAGGACGAACUGAAAGAUGAAGAUGAGGACGAGCUUAAAAAUGAAUCCUUAGAAGCCGAUGAAAUUGAUGAAUCCCAGGAAUCCUCAGAGUCUGAAGAAUCCGGAGAGUCUGAAGAUUCGGAAGAGCUGCGUAGAAGACAUCUCAGAGAAAGAAUGGCAAAGCUUUCGGGAGGAAUGGGUAUGGUAGGCAUGCUUGGAUUUGGAGGAGUGCCUACAACAGAGAAGAAAAAGGGUAAGAAGGCUAAGACCAAGAAGAAGAAGGUGGAGGGAGAGGACAUAUCUAGUGCCGUUCCAGUAAUGCCAUUUGCCAACCCGGCAGUGAUUUCGGCGUUUAGUAAGAGAGGGGCAGCACCACCUGCCCCUGCACCUACUGCAUCUUCACCCACUGCACCUCCACCUACUGCAUCUUCACCUACUGCACCUUCACCUACUGCCUUUCCACCUACUGCAUCUUCACCUACUUCAACUUCACCUACUUCACCUCCUCUUCCUACUUCACCUCCUCUUCCCACCUCACCUCCUCUUACCACUUCACCCCCUCUUCCAACCUUACCAGCCGAAAGACCUCCUAUGCCUGUUGAUGCUAGUUCCACCUCCACCUCCUCUGCUGAGUCUGACGAAGAAGAACCACACACCACUUCUACUUUGGCUCCUACGCCAACUACUCUGGCUCCUACCCGGACCGCUUCGAUUCCAAUCCCGAUUCCUGGCUCCAGACCUGCACCUCCACCCCAACCCAAAACACCACAGAGUCCACCUCCUCCACAACCAGUAGGAAGACCUGCCCCUCCACCUAUACCAACAUCCGUACCGGUAAAAGCUCCUGCUGUUCCUCCUCCUCCAGCUCCUGGUUCUAGACCAGUUCCACCUCCUGUUCCUACAGGAAUUCCACAGCAUCGCGCUCGAGCUCCAGUAAUCGAGGACUCCUCUUCGGAUGAUGAAACAGCAAUGGAACUCGAAACGAUGCCAAUGGAACCCGAAACGAUGCCGAAGACCGCGUUUUCUCGCUCAGAGCUUGCUCCAACAACCUCCAUUAGAUCGUCCAUUGAUUAUACCACCAAUACCAGCAUCCGAGAAGCUCUUAAAUCAUCUCAGGAUGCAUGGUGGGUGGACCGGAAGCUUCCACCUCAAUUUCUAACGAAAGAGGUUUACUACGAGACAGAUAUUCACGUGAUUGCCAAGCGCUGCCAUCGUAGUGUGACGUAUGUCGACUACUACAUUGUGAAUCCGGACUUAUCGUCGAGCAUGUGGGAGUUAUCGUACGAGACGAGUAAACCCGGAAAGCUUUUGACAUGCUCAGAGCUAUCUUUCAGCAAGCCUAAGGCAGAUAUUGCAAAGUUGGCAGUCAGCUCACAAAAAUUUGGCUCUAUGGCCUACAGAGCGGCAGCCAACAGCCUUAAUAGUAGCUGUAAUUUAGUGAAUCAGGUGUUUUCACAGCUUCCAAGUGAAGUUCUUCCCCCAAUUGCAGGUAAAACGUUUGGAUCUGUGAUCUACAGAAACAACAACAACGUAGAUAUUCGAAAGAUCGAAGAGAUAAGGCCAGGAGACGUUUUGGUAGUGCUUAAAGGUCACUUUGAGGGACGCUCCUCACAUUUGAUCAAGAACAAAAAGGUCCAUGAUUUAGGUUUCUCAGGAAAGCCGUAUGUGGCAUUUGUGACGUCGUUCGACGAACAGAAACAGAAGAUUAAGGUGAUUGAAGAGGACAAAGAAGUCAUUAAGGUGGGUAGCUACAAGUUAGGGGACUUGAAGAGUGGAAAGGUGAGGGUUUUCAGGAUUGUUGGAAGAGAUUAUAUUGGAUGGUAG